AACGCAAAAGAGGAGAGAGAGAGAGAGGAGGGCCUUUUUUCCUCCUAUUCUAUUGUCUUAAAAACACAAUCUCUUGACAAAAAUCAAACCCUCCGAAGGCCUGCCCUCUCUCUUCUCCUCUCAACGCAACUGCCUUCUCUCCUCGAUUUCUCUCCGUCUUGGUUUAUGAGCUCGAAGGAGAAACCCACUCUCGGUGGCACGCGGAUUAAGACCCGCAAACGGAAUAUAGCAGCUCCUUUGGACCCUGCAACAUUUGCAGAUGCAGUGGUCCAAAUAUAUUUCGACAAUUCUGGUGAUCUGGAACUUGUUGCCAAGAGCAUUGAAUCUUCAGAUCUUAACUUCUCGAGAUAUGGUGACACCUUUUUCGAAGUGGUCUUCACAGGAGGGCGUACUCAACCUGGAACUACGAAGCCUGAUGAGGGAGAGCGUCAUGCCUUUUCUGUUCUAGAUUGUGAACCAAUACGGGAAGCUAUCUUGCCAUAUGCUCUCUACUUACAGAAAAUUUUACAUUGGAGGCCUUUCCUGAUAAAGAAUCUCGAAAAUGUCAUGCGACGAUUCCUGCAGUCAUUGGAGCUUUUUGAAGAGAAUGAGAGGAAGAAGCUUGCUAUUUUCACUGCCCUCACAUUCUCUCAGAAGUUGUCGGGGCUUCCGCCGGAGACAGUUUUUCAGCUGUUGCUCAAGGACAAUCUUGUGGCCAAAGGGCUAGUAAUUUCAGUCAUUGCGGAUUUUUUCAAGGAGUAUCUGAUUGAUAAUAGCCUUGAUGAUCUGAUAUCACUUUUGAAGAGGGGAAAAAUAGAGGACAAUCUUCUUGAAUUCUUCCCUACAGUAAAACGCUCUGCCGAAGGAUUCUCUGAGCAUUUCACUAAGGAGGGGCUACUUAACCUUGUUGAAUACAAUGGGAAGAAAAUCUUUGAGGUCAAACUGAAGGAGAUGAAAUCUGCAUUAACGACCCAGAUCGCGGAGGAGGCUGAUAUCUCUGAAAUCAUAGAUACUGUAAAGCAACGUGUUAAGGAUGCUAAUUUAACUGAUCUUGAGGUUGUGUGGAUCUUGUGGGAUGUCAUAAUGGAUGCUGUUCAGUGGUCUGGAAAAAAUCAGCAGCAGAAUGCUAAUGCAGCGCUACGCCAAGUAAAAACAUGGGCAACACUUUUGAAUACAUUUUGUACGAAUGGAAAAUUGGAGCUCGAACUCGUACAAAGUUCAGAUUCAGUGCUAUGAGGAUGCCAAACUGAUGAAGUUGUUCCCAGAAAUUGUGAGGUCUCUCUAUGACUAGGAUGUGCUUGCUGAAGAUACCAUUCUCCUCUGGUUCUGUAGAGGAACAAACCCAAAGGGCAGGCAAACUUUUGUGAAGGCUUUGGAGCCAUUUGUGCAUUGGCUGGAGGAAGCUGAAGAAGAAGAAUAAAGAUAAGAGGUGUGCAUCAAUUGGCAAAGAGACGAACGCGGGUUGCAAUGAUCCUAGUAAUUACCUAUUUCCUGUCGUACAUCAACUGCCUAACUUAAACAAGCAACUUCCUGUGUGUUUGUUGACAGAAACCUUUAACGGUUCUUAUUUGCAAUAAGCUACUUAACUA